AUGAUGACGUUGCGACGCGCGCCCAUCUGCGUGCUGUGUGUGGUGCGAGUCCGUGCGUCCGAGGAGGAGAGGCGAGGAGAGGAGAGCGCGUUUUUGGACCACUUCAACCCGAUCUUUCAUCACUGGACACAGCACACUGGAGCGCGCAAAUACGACGCGUCUGUGGAUAUUUUUUGGUAUUGUUGUUGGCUUGACUCAGUGCAAAGUGAGGCGCAAUUAAAAACACGCGAGGUGGAUAGGGGGGAUCAAGCACACCGCAAAUCCAGUUGGUGGUGGAGGACCUCACAGCCCAGUGCUGGAUCCCAUUGGGGACUGACAGAGUGGUUUGGGCCCGUGAGACGCCGAAGGGUGCAUGGAGGGUUCCCGGAGUUGGGGUGGGGGUUCCGCAGCCUGGCUCUGCUUAAGCCUAGUUGCCACAAGGGCAUCAUCCUACCCAUUUGGUACCCAGAGGACCCUUCCAUGGGAGACAAAAUUGCAAGGGUCAUAGUCUAUUUUGUGGCAAUGAUUUACAUGUUCUUGGGCGUCUCCAUUAUUGCUGAUCGGUUCAUGGCUGCCAUUGAAGUCAUCACAUCCCAAGAAAAGGAAAUUGUCAUCAAAAGACCCAAUGGAGAGACGACCACAACAACUAUUCGAGUUUGGAACGAGACAGUGUCCAAUCUGACCCUUAUGGCUUUAGGCUCAUCUGCCCCGGAGAUCUUGCUGUCUGUGAUUGAAGUUUGCGGACAUGGCUUUAAAGCUGGGGUUCUUGGACCAGCCACAAUUGUUGGCAGUGCUGCUUUCAACAUGUUUGUGAUCAUCGGCCUGUGCGUCUCAGUCAUUCCUCAAGGCGAGGUCAGAAAAGUGAAGCAUCUUCGGGUGUUCUUCAUCACUGCAGGUUGGAGUGUUUUUGCAUACAUCUGGCUAUACAUAAUCCUGGCUGUCAUAACUCCUAAUGAAGUUCAAGUUUGGGAAGGCCUCCUAACUCUUGCCUUCUUUCCCAUUUGUGUGCUUCUUGCUUGGAUCGCUGACCGCCGCCUACUCUUCUAUAAGUUCAUGCACAAGAAAUACCGCACUGACAAGCACAGGGGAGUCAUCAUUGAGACAGAGACAGAGCGCUCCAAAGGCAUUGAAAUGGAUGGAAAGCUGGUCAAUUCUCAUUUUAUGGAUGGCAGCGCUACUAGUAAUCUCAUGGGUUUGAUGGAAGGCAAAGAAGUUGAUGAAUCUAGACGAGACAUGAUCCGUAUUUUGAAAGAUCUUAAGCAAAAACAUCCAGAGAAAGAGCUGGAUCAACUGGUUGAGAUGGCUAACUACUAUGCCUUGUCACACCAACAAAAAAGCAGGGCCUUCUAUCGAAUCCAAGCUACGCGCAUGAUGACCGGUGCUGGUAAUAUCUUGAAAAAACAUGUAACAGAACAAGCCAGAAAAUGCACGAGUAUUCAAGAGAUCCACGUUGAAGAGCCGGAAGAGUAUGUAUCAAGAAUUGCAUUUGAGCCCGCCGUCUAUCAGUGCUUUGAAAACUGUGGUGCAGCAAUCUUGACGAUUACCAGAAAGGGUGGAGAUGUUGACAAAACUUUAUUGGUUGAUUACAAGACUGAAGAUGGCUCUGCAAAUGCCGGAGCUGACUACGAGUUCACAGAGGGGACAGUAAUGUUCAAACCGGGCGAAAUAAUAAAAGAAAUCAGCGUUGGCAUCAUUGACGAUGACAUCUUUGAAGAAGACGAGCAUUUCUUUGUGCGUUUAAACAAUCUGCGAGUCCUUGAAACAGAGGAUGAAGUACUGUCCGCCAAUAGUCUCCUGUAUCCAAAAGCAAUGCUGGGGUUUCCCACCGUGGCCACUGUAACCAUUUUAGACGAUGACCACUCUGGCAUCUUUACAUUUGAGAGCGGUUUGGUGCAUGUGAGUGAGGGCAUAGGCAUUAUGGAGGUCAAGGUACUCAGGACAUCUGGAGCCAGGGGGACAAUCAUUGUGCCUUUUCGCACCAUUGAGGGACUGGCCAAAGGAGGAGGCGAGGACUUCGAAGACACGUACGGAGAGUUGGAGUUCAAGAAUGACGAAACCUGGUAA